UCACCGGUGGGGUUGCUGAGGAAGAGGGGUAAAGAAGCAAUUCCAAAGAUGCAACCAUCAAUGAUGAUGUUCUCCAGCAAAUACUGGGCACGUCGUGGAUUAUCUCUGGAUUCAGCCAUGCUUGAUCAGCAGCAUCUAGGAAAUAAUAUGCUUCGUAGGACAUCCUUUAGUCGCAUAGAUGAGAAAGAGGAUUCAGGCUCGGCUUCUGACAGCAGUAAAACAGCAGUGAUUUUCUCUCUGAAGAACGAGGUGGGAUGUCUGGUGAAGGCUCUUCGUCUCUUUCAGGAGAAGCAUGUCAAUUUGGCCCACAUUGAAUCACGCAAAUCAAAGCGAGUCACCACAGAGGUGGAGAUAUAUGCAGAGUGUAACUGCACUAAAAAGGAAUUCAACGAACUGGUGCAGCACCUUAAAGACCAUGUCAACAUUAUCUCAUAUAACACACCAGAAAAUGUGUGGUCUGUAGAGACUGACUGUUUGGACUGUGUGUGUGUUUUGGGUGGCUUGCCAGAUGUAGAAGGAGUCCCUUGGUUUCCCCAGAAGAUCUCUGAAUUGGACCAGUGCUCACAUAGAGUGCUCAUGUAUGGCUCAGAGCUGGACGCUGAUCAUCCAGGAUUUAAAGACACCAUCUACAGGCAGAGGAGGAAGUACUUUGUAGAAGUUGCAAUGAACUACAAAUUUGGCCAACCCAUACCACGCAUUGAGUACACUCGAGAGGAGGUGAAGACUUGGGGGGUGGUCUUCCGGGAGCUCACUAAACUUUAUCCCACCCAUGCCUGCCGCGAGUACAUAAAAAACCUGCCAUUGCUCACAAAACAUUGUGGAUACCGUGAGGACAAUAUCCCCCAGCUGGAGGAUGUCUCUCUAUUCCUAAGAGAGAGGUCGGGGUUUACAGUGCGACCUGUGGCAGGUUACCUGUCACCAAGAGACUUCCUGGCUGGUCUGGCAUAUAGAGUGUUUAACUGUACUCAGUAUGUACGCCACAGCACUGAUCCACUCUACACACCAGAGCCGGAUACUUGCCAUGAGCUCCUGGGUCAUGUCCCACUCUUAGCAGAUCCUAAGUUUGCUCAGUUCUCACAGGAAAUUGGCCUAGCCUCUCUUGGAGCUUCGGACGAAGAUGUGCAGAAGUUGGCUACAUGCUAUUUCUUCACCAUUGAGUUUGGCCUGUGCAAACAAGAUGGCCAGUUGAGAGCCUAUGGAGCAGGACUGCUUUCUUCAAUUGGAGAGCUACGGCAUGCAUUAUCAGAGAAAGCUGUAGUGAAGCAGUUUGACCCCAAAACCACGUGCCACCAGGAGUGCCUCAUCACAACUUUCCAAGAUGUUUACUUUGUCUCAGAGAGUUUCGAAGAGGCCAAAGAAAGGAUGAGGGAAUUUGCCAAAACGAUCAAGAGGCCUUUCUCUGUCUACUAUAACCCAUAUACUUCGAGCAUUGACCUGCUGAAGGACACUAGGAGCAUUGAGAAUGUGGUGCAGGACCUCCGCAGUGACCUCACCACAGUCUGUGAUGCACUGGGGAAAAUGAACAAGUACCUUGGCAUCUAGAAGCAUACAAAUUAGUUUUAGCCACACCUUUUCUGCUUUGAACUAAAAACCUAUCUGCAAUUACAUUACCUACAUUACAUUACCUAGUGGCUAAUGGUGUUCUUUAGUGUAUAAUCGGAACUCAAAGUCAAGCAGAACUUGGUCUUCCUGUCUGGUGUCUUCAUGUAUUUUCCAGCUUUCACAGUCAGUUUAUUCAUAUGCGCAAGACUGCCAUUACUACAGAGCCUGCAGGAUGCAUCCGUUUGUGGUUGCUGGUUGUAAUUUGCUAAUCAGUAUUCUAUAAUCCAAUUGCCCAAGUUCCUAACUAGGUCCGACUUCACUAUGAGAGAGCAAACAGGAUGUUUGAGAUGGAUGAUUCCAGAUGCUAAGGCAGAAAUAUAUCCCAGUUUGCUCUAGUCAAUUAGCAGCACAGUCUGCUUCACAGACGCUCUAACAGUCUUAAGUCACAUCUUGAAUGAUAUGGAAUGAAUGCUAGUACACUAUCAUUGAAUCCUAUGGAACUGUUUUGUUACAUUACACUGAAGAAAAUCAUUGGGCAAUGAAAGUAAAUCUAUCCAAUACAUUACCAUAAUGAGUCUAGUAUUAAAUGUGUUACCUCUCUGUACCUCCAUGUAAGCCUGAAAUUUGAGUUGAGUUAAGAUAGAGUAAUUGUAAAUCAAUGUGUAUUUAUUUGCAUCUUAAGUUGCAGCACUCAGGCUAAGAUAAAUGUUGAUAGUAUUGUGCCUAAAAUAAUCUAUAUGUAUAAUCUGUAUAGAAUAUUCAUGGAUGAAAUUGCUAAGUGUUGGAGUGAAUACUACAGUCCCUAUGUCUGGAUAGUGCUUAGUAGUACUGGUUAUAUAUUUGCGGCUGAUAAAGUAAUUGUAGCAGAUUCUUGUUUAACAAAGUAUAUAUUUUAUGUUUUUUAGUUGUCUGUCUUAGUAUUUUAUUAUGUUUUUUUCACUGAAUAUUUUUUGUCUAGCAACCAUGGCACUUCACUAUUGUCAUAAUGUUGGAAAAUACAAAACUAUUUAAUUAAAGUUUUAAGACAGCUAUUAUGAUAAAUGUGUGAGGUCUCUCCAGGUUUUUUUGUUUGUUUGUUUCAUCCCACCUUGCAAAAACAUGCUGGUAUGCGGAUUGCUAACUUGAAAUUGCCCCUAGGUGUAAACGAGUACAUGAAUGUGUAUGUGCAUGGUGCCCUGCAUUGGACUAUUGUCCCAUCCAGGGUGUAUUCCUGUGUCAUGCUCAGUGUUCCUGGAAUCUACCAUAGCCCCAACCAGGAUAAAGCACUCACUGAA